CUACGAUAAUGCCCUAUUUACAGUGCUAUUUACUCUCCCUAAGUACUUACCUAGGUACGUACCUAGGCACCCCCAGCCAGUGCCCGAAUGCGGACAAUCGUGUAAAUGAGCUGCCUAAACUGUCGAUCUAAUUGAUAUACUGCGUCAGCGUGCCCACAACAUGCUAUCCACGGGCAUUCCUCCAUAACAAACGGCAAAGCCGAGGCAUCAUGAUGGUUCGAGAGAAGAAAUGCACCUUGCUGCCACCGCCGCGUGCUGCCGCUACCCAAUCGCGAUGGCGAUCUCUUGGGGCUCUCCUGCUGCACGCUAUCGCCGCUGUUGCGUUGUUGAAGACUGCAUUCGAGCUGUAUCAACACUUCACUGCCGGUGAAGAUCCAUCGGCGUCUCUGGCAAAAUGCCUCCAAGUAGAUCCUCUCGUCCCGAGCCAGCAGAGCCCCGCGCUAUCUGAGAUGGAGGAAUACCUCCGCACUGACAAGUUCCGCGAUGAGACUGUUGAGCGCCUUGCUGGCGCUGUUCACAUCCCGACGCAGACAUUCGAUGAUCUCGGGCCCGUUGGCGACGACUCUCGAUGGGACACCAUGUUCGAGCUUGCUGAUUAUCUGAAAUCAACUUUCCCGCUUGUACACAGUUCUCUGGCUCUUGAGAAGGUGAAUACGCAUGGCCUUUUGUAUACCUGGAAGGGGACCGACUCCGGCCUGCGCCCAACAGUUUUGAUGGCACACCAAGAUGUUGUCCCCGUUGCAGAAUCAACUGUCGACCAAUGGACACAUCCACCUUUCAGCGGAUUCUACGAUGGUAAAUAUGUCUGGGGCCGCGGUUCAUCCGAUUGCAAGAACACCCUUAUCGGCAUCCUGGAAUCCAUUGAGCUGCUUAUUGAGGCUGGAUUUGAGCCUAAGAGAACCGUUGUCUUGUCGUUCGGCUUCGAUGAGGAGGUACAGGGGAGUGAAGGUGCUGGCCACCUUUCUCAAGUGCUUGUUGAUCGCUAUGGGAAAGACGGUGCUGCUGUUCUCGUUGAUGAGGGAGGGAGUUUUGCCGAUAGCUGGGGAACCACCUUCGCUCUGCCUGGCGUUGCAGAGAAAGGGGCUAUAAAUGUUGAGAUUAUUGUAAGGAUGCCUGGUGGUCACUCAUCGAUUCCUCCCGCGCACAGCGGAAUUGGGGUUGCGUCGGAGCUGGUAACGCUGAUUGAGGCCAACCCCUAUGAGCCCCGGUUUCACGCUGAGAACCCGUUCCUCGGACUACUCGAGUGUGCAAAUGCAUACAGUCCCGAAUUUCCACCAAGCUUGAAGAAACAUCUUCCCUGGAAAGAACCUUCUUGUCCAGCUAAGAAGGAUAAGCUUGCCAUUGAAGCAGCUAAGUACGGGGAUUCUAUCAAGUAUCUCUUCACGACUUCCUUAGCCGUGGAUAUCAUUGAUGGCGGAGUCAAGACGAACGCGCUCCCAGAGCGUACGCGUGUCGUUGUGAACCACCGGGUAAAUGUAGGUGAAAAAGUCUCAACGGUGCAAACAAAGAUAGCACAUCUGGCUUACAAAGUGGCGACAAAACACAAUCUUACCCUCCAGCCGUUCACGGACGAACCUGAAAUUCCAAGCUCCAUCAAGCUCAUCGCCAAAGAAACUUUGGAGCCGGCGCCUGUAACGCCAACGAUGGUGGAUGGUGUCACUCCGUAUGGUGUUCUCUCGGGCACUACCCGCGCUUUAUACGGCGAGUCCAUGCUAAUGGCACCGGCACUCAUGACUGGAAAUACAGAUACCAGAUUCUACUGGGAUCUAACAAAACAUAUUUUUCGAUAUGGUCCCGGCUACGACCCUGAGCUGGGCUUUGAUCUCGGUGGGAUUCACACGGUGAAUGAAAAGGUCAGUGUCAUUGCGCACACAAGACUCGUCCAGUGGUACUCGUUGUUUAUCAGAAACAUGGAUGAGGCCGAACUAGCUUGAACCGCGGGCAGGACCUACACAUCAUGUACGUAACCAACUUGGAAGAACACAUUGUUGAGGAUACAUAUCAUUGGGAGCUUAACUUAUGAAAGCGCUACGCCCAGCAUGAGGAGAAUUGGUGCCAUUGCUUGAGUGUUUGCACUGUAGCAUCUACCAGAUAACCAUAAUAUAGUGCAUUAUUCCCUGUGAGGAAAUCUCAGCAGGCUGAUCUUCCGCGGCCGGGUCACUUAUGGUUAGAACUUUUGUCGCAGCCGAAUAGAUCUCACGCAUGCGUUGAACCUAAAUACCUAUUGCGGUAGCAGUGCCGGUCUGGUUGAUGCAUAGCGCAUAUAUUCAGGGCUAGACCAGGUCUCUCUACCAUGCCCACAAGAUUUGCAGUACAUUUUUCAGAUUCUACUGUGGUGGGUAGACUUCCCGUUCAUGGUUAUCCUAUCUCCGUCGUUGGGAUCACCCCAUUCGUAUGAUAAGGGGAAGAUAUCGCCCCAUGAUUACAAUAGGUACUGGCGU